AGCAUGCGCCUUGUCACUUUCGUUGGCUAGUCAUAGAUAAAAAUUAUAAUAAUCUGCCAAUAAUCGCGACAUAGCUCAAGACCUGCACUGUGUUAAGUUUAAUUUUUCAGUGAGGUGGACUAUCUAAUGUGUAUUUAAGUGAAAUAAUAAAAACUGCAUCAUGCUUAUCAAGGAAUACCGUGUUACUCUUCCUUUAACAGUUGAAGAGUACCAAGUGGCGCAGUUGUACUGCGUGGCAGAAGUAUCAAAAAAUGAAACGGGUGGCGGUGAAGGAAUAGAAGUCAUAAAGAAUGAACCAUUCAAAGAUUACCCGCUGCUAGGUGGUAGGUUUUCGUCGGGCCAGUACACUUACAAGAUAUACCAUCUAGCAUCAAAGGUGCCAGCGUUUAUUAGGCUGUUGGCGCCAAAGGGAUCUUUGGAGGUUCACGAGGAGGCGUGGAACGCGUACCCUUACUGCCGGACUGUGUUAACGAACCCAGGCUACAUGAAAGAAAACUUCGUCAUUUGUAUAGAGUCGUUACAUUUACCGGAUGUUGGAGAUCAGUAUAAUGUACACGAAUUGCCACCGGAGAAGCUUAAAAUCCGUGAAGUGGUGAACAUAGACAUAGCAAACGACCCGCUCCCUUCAGCCGAUUACAAACCCGAAACAGACCCUACCAAGUUUAAGUCGUCUAAGACCGGGCGCGGACCCCUCGUGGGGCCCAACUGGAAGAACGACGUCAAACCAGUCAUGACCUGCUACAAGCUAGUCACCGCAGAGUUCAAGUGGUUCGGGCUCCAGAGUAAAGUAGAAAAUGUCAUCCAGAAAUCAGAACGGCGGUUGUUUACCAUAUUCCAUAGACAAGUAUUUUGUUCGAUGGACGACUGGCACGGCAUGACGAUGGCCGAUAUCCGCGCUAUAGAAGACCGCACUAAGGAAGAGUUGGAGCGAUUGCGUCGCGAAGGCGAAGUGCGCGGAAUGCGUGCGGACAACGAGUAAAUUUGACUCGAAACUGUGUUCGCUUAAUGGAAUGCUGCAAUAGUACUGAAGUCAACGGCGAGUUAUUCUAACUACAAGCUUGUGUUAGAACUAUUUUUUGUGAAAUUUAUGUUAAAUAUUGGCGAGAAGCUGAAUGGCUCAGAUCAGACCAUUCUUUGCAAACUAUAUGACAAAUAUCAUAGAGAGGAGCUUGAUGGUAUAGUUUUGGUAAUGAAGAGAUGGUAGAUGAAGUUAAGAAAAUGUUGCAAUGACCGACUAUUAGAUGGGUGACCAAAAACUUGUUAUCUUAAGCUUCUCUGUUAAGCCGUCAAUCCUUACUCUUGCAUUGCAAUCUUUAGCACCCACUAACCCGCACUGAGUCCGCGUGAUGGGUCAUGGUCCAAUCUCCUCCAUAUCUAUCUUUGGAGAACAUCUGUUCCCCAGUAGUGGGUUCAUGAAUUGGCUUAUGAUGAUAUAUUUGAAAUCCUAAAUUAUCCUAUAAAUAUAAUGCUAUAGGAUGGUGUUUUCACAAGCUUUUCUUUAUAUGUCUUGAUUACUAUUAUGUCAGUAUUCCAUUAAACUUACGCUAUAUUUCACUAUGCUACAAUUGUAGCUCACUACGCAGCAUAUUUCAGUGUGAUUCAACCUUUAAUGUCUAUACAGCUGUGAAGUUAGCGCAAGUCGCGGCGUAGUAAA